GCCCAAUUAAAAUGAUGGGUUCGAGCCUCCACUGAAAUAGAGAGAGAGAGAGAGAGAGAGAGAGAGAGAUGUUCAUUACUGUGGCGCUGUGAGCUUUCGUUAAUUAAGGUAAGGUUAGGGAAGGCUCAAGCCUUAUUUCUGCACUCUCACCAUCAUCAAUUCAUAAUGGAAGAAGGUACAGAAACGAGGACGACGAAGUUGAGAGUAUUUGUGGGAGGAUUGGGAGAAAGCGUGACGGGCGAUGAUCUGCGGAGAAUAUUCGGGUCAUUGGGAGUGGUAGAGGGACUGGACUUUGUGAGGACCAAAGGUCGCAGCUUUGCCUACGUCGACUUCUGCCCCUCCUCCCUUAACUCCCUUUCCAAGCUCUUCAGCACCUAUAAUGGGUGUGUCUGGAAGGGGGGGAGGUUGAAGCUUGAGAAAGCUAAAGAACAUUAUCUUGUUCGUUUAAAACGAGAGUGGGCAGAAGAAACUGAACUUGCAAGUAGGGCACCCAGUAAUGGUUUUGAUGCAGAUGAAGACAUGGCCUCAUCCGACAAGCCUAAGAAAGUCCUCUGUUCAGAAAAAAAGCAACUUCGGCUUUACUUUCCCAGCUUAAGAAAGGUUAAAUCUGUGCCAUUUAGUGGAACUGGCAAACACAAAUACAGUUUCCAACGUGUUGAAGUUCCUCCUCUCCCAAUUCAUUUCUGUGAUUGUGAAGAGCAUUCUGUUAAUCAUCAUACUGCAAAAGAAAAACGAACUUGUGAUCUGGAAGCAGAAAGUGGGGCAAUGAAUGAGGAAGAGCUUAACAUAAUGAAUUCAGUGAUGAACAAGAUCUUUGAAAGGGAAAAGAUGGUAUCAGAUUCUGCACAUAGUGGAAACAUACUGGCCAAGGAAAGAGAUGAUUCCUUCAAAUCAAUUCAUAGUCUGCAAUAUGAUGACAAUGAAGCAGAUUCUGCGACAGAUGAAGAUAACCUCAUAAUUAAUGUGGUGUCAAGGAGAAACAACAGGAUGGCUUUGAUAGGUGACCAGGAAAAGGAAAUAAUUUCUGAAAAUCAGGAUUCAGGAUUCAAUGGAACGCGAACUUCUAAGGAUGGGCAAAUUCAGAAUGUUCUCGAAGUACAGAAAAUGAAUAUUAUAUCUCCUAACAAGAAGAGGAAAUCAGUUCUCAAUCAAGGAAGUGUUGAUAAUGGAUCUCUGUCUGCUACUCCUAAAGGCAAGGGGAAGACGAAAACCCAUUCAGAUGAGCCAGCGAGACUCUUGGGAGGUCAACUGGCUGAACCAGAAUCUGAUAUCCAACAAUCAGCUACAAUUGUUUCAUGGUCUCAGAAGUCUUCGUGGAAACAACUUGUUCAUGAUCAGGGUGACACUUCAUUCAGCAUGUCACAUAUAUUGGCAGACAUUGCUUAUAGCGAGGAAGAGCAACCAAAACUUGAUGGUUCAUGCGUGCCUGAUGUGCCCGACUCCAUCAUCAGCAAAGAUGACAACUUAGUAAGUCAUGGAGAUCACUUGGAAAGCCAGUUGGGUGAAACAAUUAAAGAGGAGGUGGUGGAAACUCAGCCUACCAAAACUAAAUCCGGCAGAGGUGCUUCAUGGCUUCAGAGGUCCUCGUGGACACAAUUGGUUGGUGAGAAUAAGAACAGCUCAUUCAGCAUUGGUCAAGUUUUGCCUGGUAUUUCUUAUGAAAAGCAAGUCAUAACAGAGCCCAACAGUGGGGACAUUGUUGGUUCCACUGACAGCAAGCAUAACGAUUUAUGUAAACAUGAUGAUGGUAAUUCUACUGAAUAUGGUCCUAUAACUAUGGAAAUUGGAAAGGACAGGAAUGUUAUUAGGAGUACUCCGGAGAAGAAUCAACGGACUGUUGUGGGCAGUAAUGAGGCUCCUGGUCCAAUGUUUGAGAAGAGAAACGAUUUGGCAACAAAGCUGAUAUCUGCUGGGAGUGGAACGUGUUCUUUUAUGAGAAGUGCGACUUCAUUGAAAGAGUGGGCAAAAACUAAGGCUGCUUUAAGUGGAUCCCGCAAGAGAAAAAGUGGUGAGAAGUAGAUGCUUUAGCAUGGUGGAAGUUAUGUUUGUAGUAAAAGCUUUUUGACAUCAUUAGACAUUUAGACUUACUCCCAUCAAAUUUGAGAUCGUUUCUUUUUUGUUUUGUUUUGUUUUGUUUUUAAUCAGAAACGAAGAAGUAUACAACUAUACAGAUCUUGAGUUAACAUAAGGUUACUUUAAGCAUAUUGCAGACAA